AUGGUGAUAUAGGAAUAUGAAGCAGCCUAAAAAGAAUUAGAUGACUAUGAAAAAUAAUCUGAUGAUUUAGAGCAAAGCUGUGACAGAUUAUAAUCUAAAAUACUUUUCUCGACGAAAAAUUAGUCUGAUUCUUCUAAAGACUUCGAGUCACUAAGUUUAAACCCAGAUUAAAAAAGUAGAAGAUAAAAAAUUGAUGAAAUUAUUUACUCUCAAAUCAAGUCAAUGUGUAAUGAUCCAUUUAACAAAGAGGAUUUAAUAAUUAGGGAUAGCUACACGUAAUUCAAAAUCGACUAUUUCGCCAAAUUUCUUUUCUAUCACAUUUUGUAUUUUCUGGUGCUAGGCCCUUUUACUUAUUUUAUCUUAAGAAUAUUUGAGACAAAAUAGCUUCUAAUUAAUAUGGGAUUUUAUGGACUCUCAAGAUCUAAUUUAAUGCAAACUAUAUAAUGGUUGACCUUGAUAAUACCUAUGUAUUUGCACAUAUUUCAAAAUGAGAGGGGGUAGCUUUCCAAAGCUAUGCUAAUUGUUGCACUUGUUUAAAUAUUUUUAAGAUCUAUGAUAGUGGCUGUAAGAUACGCUACAACUGUUUCUUCAACACUUAAAAUAUAAUAGGAUAGAAUUCUUACAAGAAAUGAAUUAGAAUCUGAAUGGAUCUCAACAGGUUGGAUGGAUAUUAAGCCAGAUCUAUUAGAUAAAGAGAUCAAAUGCUGUAUGAUUAGAAAUGAGGUAGAAAAUGUAUUUUUUAAGAUCAAAUUUUUUACUAAGAUCAACAAUGAUGCUAAAAAAAAGCUUCUUGAUUAUAAUUUUGUCAGAGAAAGGACUUAUGAUGUAAAAAAAGAAAGACAAAUGUAUCAGUAAAAUCUAAAAUUAUUUAUACAAGAAUCAAAUAAGCAAACUCUAAAAUCAAGUAAUAGAUCAGAAUAGCAUAUAGUAUAAGUAGAAAAUGAGAUGAGUAUUCGUUUGACCUAACUAGAAGCUCCAAAUAAGUAGGAUUUAUAUACUUAAUAUCCAGGGAGAUUAGUGUUCAGAGAAAUGUUUUUGAAAAUAAAACAUUUCGUUACUCCUUACUCAAUAAUUCACUUUAUUCCUGUACGUUUCCUUCAUAGUAUUCUUCCACUUAUGAUUGAGUUACAAGAAGAUUAUACAGCAGAAAAUGUAGACAAGAUAAAUUAAAAGUACCUCGAUUAUUCAUUCUGGGUUCAUAAUGUCCUAUUGCUAUUUUUCAAUACCUACAUGUGGUCCUUGAAUAUAUAUUUUCUGGCAAUGGGAAAUUAAGAUAUGAAAAGAAGACUUGUAGCUAUGCACCAAUGUGAGGCUAAUCUUGAACCUAACAGAUAUAAAAUAAAGGAAAGAUUUAGGAACUUUACUCUCAUCAAUUAUUUUGAUGCCAAAUCACUACUUUCCUGGAUGGACAUGAGAAUGAUGUAUCUAGAUUUGGGGUAGAGAUUCUUUAUUAGAUUUAAAGCAUUCGCUACGAUUUAUCUUAUUUUUUAUUCUUUAGUUGGAGGUCUAUUCCUAGCCUGGUAUUUCGUUUUACAUGAAUAGCACAAUAUUUAAUAAUCUUUGAUUCUUACAGUUGGCUUAGACUUGAUAGUGGUAUUUAUCUUUCUGUAUGAGCUUUUCAAUGUUGGAUCUAAAAUAAAUGAUAUCUCAAAUAAUCAUCUCCUAAGAUUGAGUGAAAUUAAGAGCAUAAUGCAAAGAAUUUUGCAAGAGUGGGAUUAUUCAAUCAACUCAUAGGAAACAAAAGAAGCGCUUUUAAAUAAUACCUACAGAGAUGCCUUUUUAUACUUCUAAUACAAGAUUGAGGAUGUUGGAGAAAAAUGGGGUAAGAGAAUGAUUAAACAAUCAAUGAAUGCUAUUGAUACUAUCUAAGAGCGUCUUUAAAAAGAAAUUGAGUUUAACCCAAUUACCAUUCUGGGAAUACCUUUGACCAUGACAAUCAUGAAUGUAAUCAGAACAUCCUUCAUUUCUUUGAUAUUUGCUAUGAUCAAUUUUAAAUUAAAAAUUAUCUGA